AGCGCCCACAAAAUGAACAGUCAUUGACUGAUUGAACACAAAGUUGCUACUGAUCUCACCACCGAGAGCCAUGAUGCGUUGGAAUAGCAGUCUUUGUGCUUUGGCUGUGCUGCUCGUCCUUUUUGGCUGCGCAACUGGUGCAUCUGGUAGCUUUCGUCGGCCUACUAGAGUCGGCCUGGUUUGCUGUGAGCAGGUGUCCAAAAUGCCUAUCCCGCGUAACAUUUCGCUCAUUGGAUACAAGCACCAGAAUGCACUGGCACCUUGUGUUGAAGCAGUCAUAUUUUACUCAAAUACGGAAAAAUUCUGCUCUGACCCCACUGCCCGCUGGAUCCAAAGGAGACAAAAAGAUCUGGAAGAGUACAAAGACUGAAAAUGGCAAACCAGUCCAAAGGAUUUCUUGGCCAUCGCUCUUUUAUAUUUGAAUAGACUUCUGCAUAUAUACAUUAUACAUACUUAUUUAUGCAUUAUAUCUUGCCAGCAUUGAGUUAUUAUUAAUACUGUAAUAUCUCUGUUUACACAUAUAUAAUUUCAAUGUCUAAUCUCAUUAUGACUAAGAACCGCUGUUCCUAAUCAAUAAAGUACCAUUACUCUGCAAAAGUG